UUUUCCACAAGGCAUAUGCAGUACCGUUUGCGUUAGUGGAGAAAGUGGAGGCCAGUUUAGAGAAAAUGGUGGCAGAUGGCAUACUAGUGCCAACACGCACAUCGGCGUGGGCGAGUCCGAUAGUGGUGGUAGGAAAAAGUGAUGGGUCAGUGCGAAUUUGCUUGGAUGGGAAGGCAUCCAUCAAUAGAUUCCUCACAGUGGAACAUUAUCCGUUACCGAAGAUUGACGAUAUACUGGCAAAAAUAUCAAAUUGGAAAAUAUUCUGUAAAAUAGAUUUAACUGGAGCAUACCUGCAAGUGAAGUUGGCUGAAAAUUCGCAGGAGAUAUGUACCAUUAAUACACAUAAGGGAUUGUACAAAUACACCCGAAUGCCAUUUGGGCUGUCAACCGCGCCAGCAAUAUUCCAAACGAUAAUAGAUCAAAUUUUGUUAAAAACGCAAGGCAUAGCGUAUAUGGAUGACAUAUUAGUUGGCGGAGAAAACGAAAAACAGUGCAAAGAGAAUUUGUGCGAAGUUUUGAGUAGGCUAGAGGAGCACAGUGUGAGAGUGAAUGGGAAAAAAUCGGUAUUUUUUGAAACAGAAAUUGAGUAUCUGGGGUACAAAAUAUCGAAGAACGGCAUAACGCCAAACGAGUCGAAAGUAGAAGCAUUAGUGAAAGCGCCAGUUCCGAUGGAUGUAAUGCAGUUGCAAGCGUAUUUAGGCAUGGUUAAUUAUUACAGCAGGUUCUUACCAAACUUGGCUACAGUGCUGAGCCCGUUGUAUGAGCUUUUACGUAAAGAUAAGAAGUAUGUAUGGUCAAAAGAGUGUCAAGAAGCAUUUGAGAAAACCAAAACCAUGUUAGUAGCGAAACACAUGUUAGAACCGUUUGAUCCAAAGAAACCGGUGGUGUUAGCAGUAGACGCUAGCCCUUAUGGGUUGGGGGCGAUACUAUCACAUGAAAUAGGUGGAGUAGAGAAACCAGUGUACUUUGCGUCAGUAACACUUACACAAGCACAAAAAAAUUACGCGCAAGUACACAAAGAGGCAUUAGCUGUGGUUUUCGGAGUACAAAAAUUUCAUAAAUAUAUAUAUGGAAUCAGGUUCAAACUAGUUACGGAUAACUCGGGGGUUAAGGAAAUUUUUAAACCAACGAGAACGACCUCUUCGAUAGCAGUAGCAAGACUGAGUCGUUGGGCUUUAAUAUUAGCAAACUAUGAGUAUACGAUUGAACAUAGGCCAGGAAAGUACAUGAGUAAUGUAGAUGCGCUAAGCAGGUUACCGUUGUCAGAGGAGUUAGAGCUCAAAGAACAAGAGUUGCAGUUAAACGCAAUUACGUCGUCGUCGAUUAUCGACAUUGGGAUGAUUAGGAAAGCGCAAGAACAAGAUCCCAUAAUACAACAAGUGUAUAAGAACGUAGAGAAUGGAUGGAGUAAAGGUGUAAAGGAAGCGUUGAAAAGUUACGCAAAAAUAAGUAAUAGUUUUGGAAUAGAACAGGGAGUAUUAUAUUUUAAUGAUAGAGUCGUAGUGCCAGAUACGUUAAAGGAAAAGAUGAUUGCAUUAUUUCAUGACGAUCACAACGGAAUAGUAAGAAUGAAGAUGUCUGCGAGAAAAUUGGUAUGGUGGAAAGGAAUGGACAGGGAUUUUGAGAGGUCGAUACAAGAAUGUCAAGUCUGUCAGUCAAGGAGAGUCGUGCCAAAAGAGAUAGUUAAAACGAGUUGGGCACAAAGUAUACGUCCGUUUCAAAGAGUUCACAUAGAUUUUUGCCAUUUUGAGAAUAGAACAUUGUUAGUGAUCGUGGAUAGUUUUUCCAAGUUUAUUGAGGUAAAGGUAAUGAGGAGUACCAAAGCCGAAGAUGUCAUAGAAGUUUUAGAAAUGUUUUUCUCUUGUUUUGGCUUGGCAGAAACAAUUGUUUCAGACAAUGGUCCACCGUUUAAUUCGGGGAAAUUUGUAGCAUUUUUGAAGUCUUUGGGGAUAGAGGUUAAGAAAACCCCACCCUAUCACCCGCAAUCAAACGGGGUGGCCGAGAGGGCUGUGAGAACUGUGAAAGAUAGUCUGAAGAAGUACCUAUUGGAUGAGAGAUUGAAAGCAGCGGGCAUACAGAGGAAAAUUAGCAGGUUUCUUCUGAACUAUAGGAAUAGCCCGUGCACCGUCACGAAAGUAGCGCCAGCAGAGAAGGUAUUCUGCUAUGCGCCACAUACCUUACUAGCGAAAGUAAAUCCAAAGGUUCAUCAAGAAGGGUUUCCAAAAGAGGAGACAGUAGUGCGGAACACGGUUCCACAAAACACAGUUCCAGAGACGUCUAGAGAAGAAGGCUAUCAGUACGAGGAAGAGGAAGGAGUGUAUUACCGAAAUCAUUUUAAGGAAACGGUAAGAUGGAUACCGGCGGUCGUCAAAAAGAAGAUUAGUAGAUUGCGGUAUUUGAUAAGUGUAAAUGGGUUAGUGAGAAUGGUACAUCAAAACCAGAUACGGAAGAAGCACAGUGCACGGGAGAUCCAGGCGUGGAUCUGCCCGAGGCGAUCAGGUCAACUUAAACGUACGGAAAAACGGAAACGAAGUGAGGCAAGUCCACCACCAUUAAGACGAUCGAAACGGUUGGAAGGGCAACCUAGAUUUAAGUAUCCGAGAUAGUAAACUCCGUUUAA